AUGUCUGGAAAGACUGCUUUCAUUACUGGUGCCAGUGGCUUCAUCGGUUCUGCCGUAACCAAAGCUGCCAUAGCCAAAGGCUAUAAGGUCCGCGGCCUCUCUCGUAGCGAGGAGAGUGAUGAAAAGAUCCGAAAGCUCGGUGGUGUGCCUGUGCGCGGCGAGUUGACCUCACACGACCUGCUCGCCAAAGAAGCUGCAAACGCCGACAUCGUCUGCAGUCUUGGAGAUGCUUUCAUGGGCAGCAAGUUCACCAUCCCACAUGACGAUGCCGUCAAGAUCACCACGGCAGCCAUCGGUGCACUUGCCGGCGCCUUGGUGGGUACUGACAAGCCCCUUAUUGUGGCUUCUGGUGCUCGCAUCGUUCGUGCGGACCCUAACGGAGGCUUGACCACUGAGGAUGAUCCUUUGGAUGAGAACUCAUUCUUUGAUCGUCGUCUUCUCGAGACUCCUGUGCUAGCUUGGGCUCAGAAAGGCGUGAGAGUCGCCACUAUCCGCAUUGCCCCUUUCGUUCAUGGCGAAGGCAAUUUGAUCGAACUUUUGAUAGGCAUGGCGAAGUCUCAGGGUGCUGCACUUGUUAUUGAUGGAGGCAAGGUGAAAACUUCAACUGUCCACGUCGACGAUGUGGGUCGCCUCUUCAUCCUGGCUGCUGAGAAGACUAAGGCAGGCGAGUCGUACAACGCCACGGCCGAGACUGACAUUACGUUUGCGGAGUUCAUGGGUGCGAUCGCAACCUCUGCUGGUGUACCAGUCAAGGAUCUUACGGCCGAGGAGGCUCUCGCCUCAAUCGGCCCUAUGUGGUCCGACUAUCUCAACCAGCCCUGCCGCGCAUCUAGCGAGAAGGCCAAGAAAGUACUUGGAUGGGAAAUCCAAGAAAUUGGUUUGAUUGAACACAUCAAGGAACUAUCCAAAUAG